CUGCCUCGCGCCCAACAGGCUCUUCUAUACGUACCCCCGUCCCUUUGUCCAUUCGAUGAUAUAAGCACCUGGACUCCCCAGUGAAUUUCUCCAGUUAAGCUCCAAAAUCCGUCCAGUGAGGACCUAUUCCUCAUUUUUUUUCACUCGGUACCAAUUGCAAGACUGGAAUAUUUCCCUGAGAUAGUGUCAUUGGCCUCAAUUGGGCCUCUCUCGUUGUGGCUAAUCACUUUAUUACCAAUUAUUCAAGAUGUCUUUCAAGUGGCUGGUGCUGAUACUCAUUGCAAGUGCUCUCGGCGAUGAUGUUGAUCUCGCUGAUACCGUCAAGCUACUUCGGGAAAAAGUGAAUGCACUCAUUGAUCGUAGACAAGAGGAUUACAAUGCACUCGAGGAGAGUCUCAAAGUCGCCAUGGAGAAGAAUACAGAAUUGACGGUUUUGAGGAAUGAAGUUAAACAGCUGAGGAAGGAAGUGGGUUUGCUUCGGGGCGGAAGCGGCAACGAGGCGAAGAAUGAACGCCUGAGGGUCAAAUGGUUGGGUAGCGCUGUGACUGAGCUGAAGAAUGAAUUGGCGGAGGUAUUGACGGCUAGGAAUGCAAGCGAGGAACUAGCACAGAGGGCCAGGAUGAAGAGUGAAAUUGCCCUGUUGAGGGGUGAUGUUGCACAAGUCGGCAGAGGCAUAAGGGAUCUAGGGGGAAGACUAACUAGGAUUGAAGCAUCCCUCGGGACUCUACGAGUUGAUAUCAUUGGGAUUAAAGAGAGGGCUGGACAAGUUACCCGGAGUUGCGCUGAUAUUGCUAGUCAGUUAAGCACUGUCCAAAUUGAGAUGAAAUCAUUAAAGUACGAGCCGCACGUCGAGGCAAAGAAUCACCUGUCGCGCAAUGAAAUUAACGAAAUAAUAGAUGACCAGGAGGAGAGGUACAAGCGCGAGCAUCACAGAUCAUUUCGUCACGGUUCAUCGAGAUCUUCAGUUCUGAAGAGAAUCGAGGAGAGAUUGAGUGGUUUAGAGCACAAGAUCGCGAUAGUCUCGAGGAAACGAGGGAUGAUUGAGAAGCGCGUGGUGUAUGAGAACUCAGAGAUUUCUCUGGUGUCCCUGAAGAGCCUGAAGGAGGAUUUCCUGAGACAACUCCUGAAUGUCACACAGCGGCUCGUCACGAUGGAAAAACACCUGGUGGACUCUGACCUAGCGACGCUGCAAUCCCUGGAGACUUUGGAGGAUAAAAUCACCAGCAAUCAAUCAGAGUUGAAACGCGAGGUGGCGAGGAUUGACGUCAACGCUGCGAGGAAGAACGCCGAGAUAUCGCUAACACGAGAGGACAUUGGAAAUUUACGGAGGACAGUUCAGGCCUUGAGCGUGAGUGCCUCAAAACUUCAGGAGAAGAGCGAUGUUCAGCAGGAGAGCAUAUCAGAGCUUGUCAAAAAAAUUGACCAGACGCCAGCCCUUGACUCGGCAGUUGCCAGAGCCGUAAAUAUCACUCACGAACUGGAGCACGUGGAGGACGAGUACAGGCUGAUGGUAGAUGCACUUCCUAGUAACUGCGACGCCAAGGACGGUCUGACACUCCUGGGAAAUGGUCAGGGUGCACCACUCCUGGUGUCUUGUCAUGCUGGCUGGAUCAUGGUAGCCAGGAGAAUGGACGGUAUCGUUGAUUUUGACAGGAGUUGGAGUGAAUACGCCAGUGGCUUUGGCUCACCACUCAACGAAUUCUGGGUUGGGAAUGAAGCCCUCCAUCGACUAACACGUGACAACUGCACAAAAAUCAAAAUCGAUCUGACCGAUAUCUAUGGGAUCAGAUGGACCGCUGAGUACGAUCACUUUGCUGUUCUCUCGGAGGAGACCGGAUAUCAGCUCCAGGUUGGUGGCUACUCUGGCAAUGCCACUGACGCCUUCUCCUAUCAGAACAAUAUGAAAUUCAGUGCUAAGGACAAGGACAUGGACAUCAGCUCUGCCGAUUGCGCGGCUAAUUAUCACGGGGGCUGGUGGUUCAGCCACUGUCAGCAUGCCAAUCUCAAUGCCAAGUACUCACUCGGAUUGACUUGGUACCAGUCUGACAGCAAUGAGUGGAUGGCCGUCACUGCAUCCACCAUGUCGAUAAAGAAAAAAGAUCGGUGUAAUUCGAGCUAAUUUUUAAUGAGAUUAGUAAUGAAUUUGUCGGUGAAAUUAUCAAGCCAAAGAUUUAUAGGUAAAUUUAACAAGCACGUAUCAUUGAACAUGUAAAUAAUCUGUACAUUAUGUAUUGCUUAUGUGAAUUUA